CCCACCUAGACCAUAUUAACAUGAAUCUCUAGAAAUUUGCCUUAUACGUUGUUUUGCGCGAUGGGCUCGUCGGCCAUGGACGCGUUUUGUUCUUUCACCCCACCAUCACCAUCCCCAAACCUACAACUGUCUUUCUGACUUCAAUUGUCCACCAAGCCGUGUGAAGGCUGCAAAGCAUCUUUGACAUCUCGCCUGUUUAUCUGUCAAUUCAACAUAGAUUGUAGUUUCCACCCAAGAGCAUCAUGGCAGCAACGCAACCGCAGGCAGAGGCCGGGCUGAAAGAGUGUUUCUUUCGCGACUUUCAGGUUGGGGUCACAGCUCUGCAGGAGCAGAUGGAGCGCUUGAACCAGACCCCUUCCGGGGAUGAGCGCAGCAAUGCCAUAGACCAGUGUCUCGCGGGCAUAGACCGUCUUUCCCAUGAAGUCAAAGAUGCUUCAAGCUACAUUCCCGCAUACGACCAACGGACAUACAGCCAGACGGUCAAAGGACUCUCUGAGAAGCUUCAGACAAUACGCAACUCGUUCAAUCCACCCAAGAAGUUCGCAUUCAAGUCGCGCAAGAGCGCGCCCGCAAAACCUGCGCCCAAUACUACGGAUUCUGACACGUCUGUAUUGACAACCAAUCCCUCGGAUCAAGAAAAAUCGAUUCUACCCUCAUCGCCUGGUCGACCGCUGUCAAAGGAGAAGGUUCAAGAAGAGGCCGAUCCAAGUCGUAUAGAAGAGGCCGAUCCAAGUCGUAUAGAAGAUGACGGCAUAUCGGAUCUAGCAGGAGGGUCUGGAAUCCGGAGACCAUCCUUCUCAUCCGCUACCAAAGUCACCAUAUCAAACCACAAAGACCUACACAUCGCGCUCCCUAUAUCAGCCUCCCACGCAACAAGCUCAGGUACCAUAUCGAACCUGCAACACUGCACCGUCGACUUCUCGGCCACAACUAAGAAUGGAUCACCUUUCGCCUCUCUGUAUCUCAAGAACAUCAAAGAUUCCCUAAUCAUAUGCGGCCGAUCUGGUCCGGCGCAUAUCACAGGUAUACAGGAUAGUAUCAUAGUGACUGCAUGUCGCCAAUUUCGUAUGCAUGCUUCAAAGAACGUGGUUGUGUAUCUGCACUGUUCCAGUCGGCCUAUUAUCGAAGACUGUGAAGAUAUCAGGUUUGCGCCGUUGCCGGAGAUAUAUACUGGGUAUGUACAGACAAUGCCGGAGAUCUCAAAAAUUUCCAAUCAGUGGGAUCAAAUCGACGACUUUGGAUGGCUGAAAUCGGAACCGAGUCCACAUUUCACUCUCCUGACUGAAUCUAAGUGGACCAAGAACGAAGUGUGGGAGGACGUAGGAUCGGACCAACAACAAUUGAGCUUGGAUGAUGUGCUAAAGAUCGUGAAUGUGCGGCAUUGAACAAAGAUCCGAGACGAUAUGAAGGAUUUCACGAGUAUGGAAUAAAAGUGCAUCUACCUCCAACGCUGCAUGGGAUGCAUUCUGAGUUCGUACGUGCUGCUUAUUCUCACGAACUAUUAAAUCAUUACCAAGUCCCAUGUCAUGCUUUCCCAUAGGGCAAACUCGACUGAUAGAGCA